ACCUGCUGUGUCUUAACCAGUUCUUAUGCUACAGAAAGGCAGCGUCAGCCAGUGCUGCAUAAAGAGAUUGCAGAAAAUACUCUGCAAAGGAGCUGCAGCCGCUGCCUCUGGGUGCUGGGAGCGCAGAGGGGUUGGUCAUUAAGCAUCGCUUUGCUUCUUUUAUUUCCAAAUGUGAAAGUGAGAAAGAUGUGCAGCGUCAGAGUUCUGAAAUGCUGGCAGCAGCUACGUGAGGAGUUUGGGUUAAAGCUGCCAUGUCUCUAGGUUUGUGGUCACCUCGUAGUGGGGUGGGAAGGUGCUGGCAAACAGUGGCAGGAUGGAUCCGGUGCUGCUGAUGGGGCUCUUGCUUUGAACACUACAUAGGAUGGUCAGGAAUGGAACACAAAUCUGUGGCUCCAUCAGCAUCCAGGAGAGUCAGCAUUGUUAGGGGUGUAAGUUUGGGUUUCAGCACAGUCUUGCAAACUAGUUAUUCUCGAUGGGUUGCUCAACUGUUCUGAAGCAGUUUUCUCAGCAGUGAAUCGAGCUGCUUGCAGUAAAGCUACAAAUUCAGUCAUUUAUGUAUUGUUUCCUGUUUAAGCACAGCUUUUAACUGAUGGUAUCUAAUCUGGAGUUCCAAACUAAUACCUCUCAUCUCUCUCCAACCACAGAUGAAGCAGAUAUCUUCAAUCACAGAUAAAGAAGAAUCUACCAAGUGUGACAACUGUGUUUCUCGCUAAGGCUGCGUUCCUCUCACACGUUACAGCAAUUCCCAGCAUCCCCUGACGUAGGCAGAGUUUUAAUCAGCUUUGCACAUUGAAGGACAGUUCUCCACACACCAAACGUUGGGGUUUGUUCUUUGGCUGGUGUUGAAAUGUUGGAUGGCUGCCGGAAUGGUGUAAGCAAAAGCAGUCUGAUAUUCCUGUCUGAAUUUAGGGGCAGGUGCCCCAUGUGAAGCUGUGGGUCAGCAACAGGUUCUGUUCCAUGGCAGUAGAGCAGUGAACCUUCAGUCUGGGCUUGUGAGCAGCCUGCAGGACCCCAAAUCCAGUUGUGUUUUGAGAGGAUAGGGAGCACUUGUGCUGCGCUGUGUGUGCUUUGCCAGCAGUGCACAGCUAUGGAGUUGAGCAAAGUGGUGCUGAAGUCAGCUCAAGAAGCUGCUGCAGUGGGGUUCUGAGAAGUCAAAGGUGGGAAACAGAAAUGAGAACUUGCAGCAUCCUGCUCAGGGUGAGCCACAGGUCUGUCCGUUCCUUGUUGGUGCUGUGCAUAAAGCUGUGUGUGCAUCUGCACAGGGAGAGAUACAACGGCUCAGCCUUUCCCUGCAGCUUCUCUCCAUCAACAUUAGGUGAAAACUUCUUUUCUCUCUCCCUCCUGUUUGGUUUUAAAACCUUGAAGUCAGAGCACUCUUUUAUUUUAAUCCUGUUGUUCCAGGCCAGUUUGUCACUUCUUGACCCGCUGUCUAUUUGGUGUUUGUGAUUAAGGAAAAGAAGCCAUCCAGGACUAUGAAAUACUGCUGCUCUUUACAUGUCAUGCUUGUAAUUCUGAUCUUACUGUGCUAUUUCUGAGCCAUCUCUUUCCUCCCCCCUCUCCCUCCAUGCUGCCACCUUUUCUGCAGGGAGGGCUUUUGGCUUUUGGCUUGUAUUUUAACCAGGAAAUGGUGAUACUGCAGAACUGUGACGGCACCAGAAAACCACAAGGAGCGACAGAGAGAGCUCGAAAGGGCUGCACUGUGUGAGCUUACACUGCUCAUGGGCUGAGCAUCCCAACGCUCUGCUGAAGGUGCCACUAAAGUCUUGGAAGUCCUUCCCGUGACCAGUUCUGUAUGUUGGAACAGGAGCAGCAGAUCACGUCGUUACUUUGAGAGUACUCAGGAAUAUUUGCACAACCUCAUGCAGAACACAAGUCCUUUAGAAGUGAUUGGGGUGAGCAGUGAAGACCUCAUCAUCUUUCAAUACAAAUCAACCUGAGUGCCAAACCUGUACAGGUGCAAGGAUCGCAUUGAGCACACACAGCCCACAGUGCUGCUCCCCUGGCAGUGGGCUGGAAGGCUGAGCAGUGUGGGGGGAGUGAACACCCAGAGGAAACACGUGUUGUGUGUGGGAAUAGGGCUCUGCUGUGGGGUGUGCAGGGGUAGGAGGAGCACCUGGAGAGCUGCUCUUACUGUGCUUCGUUGGGGCGUUGGAUCAUGGAGGGCAACAUGAGGGAUGAGGUGGACUUGCUGGCUGCUGUCACUGUUCUGGGAGUCCUGGAGCAAGCCUACUUUGCACUGCAGGUGAUCUACGCCCGGCGCAAGUACAGGAUCUCUCCCCCGGAGACAACGGGUCACCCCGAGUUCGAGCGGAUCUUCAGGGCUCAGGCGAACUGCUCCGAGUACUUCCCCAUCUUCCUCUCUCUCCUCUGGGUUUCUGGGAUCUUCUUCCAUCAAGGUCUGGCCGCAUCCUGUGGUGUGCUGUACCUCCAUGCACGUGUCCGCUACUUCUGGGGCUACGUGCAGGACACACAGGGACGGUUGGGGCCGUUGUAUGCCAGUGCCUGGCUGCUGUGGCUGCUGCUGGGGCUGGCGGUGGCCGGGCUGCUGGCACAUUUCCUGCUGCCCCCAUCCUGCCCGUGGGUGCUGGUGUGGCCCCUCCGGCUGCUCGGUGCCCACUGAGUGAACCCACGGCUGCCUGCAGCGCUCAGCUCAGCCCCGCUGUGACUGUCAGCCUCCUGUCCUGCCACCCACCUCAUCAUCCCUGUUGGAGUGUCACAUCGCGGACGUGCAAGAAAUAAAUGCCUGUUCUCAA